UUGCUGUGAGAGCGACAGUCAGUCACAGACAGCCGAGGAGAUUUACGCAGACAGACAGAAAUCGUGAUUUAUCGCCGGUUGUUGCUGGUGAUAAAUAACGGAACCGGCGGCGGUCACAGAGAGCCUGACGGACACGGGAGCGCGCGCUGAUGGACGAGAUGCAGCAGGGCUUCGGCGCGUACGGCGCGGGCAGAUCCGGCGGGGCAUUCGACCCGAUCACGUUCAUCCAGCAGCCGCAAACCGGGCUCAGGAUCGUGUCGUGGGUUUUUUCAUUAGUGAUCUUUGGCUGCAUAGCUAAUGAAGGCUACAUUAACAGACCCGGUGAUGCUGAGGAGUUCUGCAUCUUCAAUCGUAACAAGAACGCCUGUAACUACGCUGUUGGCAUGGGCUCGCUGGCGUUCCUGUGCUGCAUGCUCUUCCUGGCGUUAGAUGCGUAUUUCCCUCAGAUCAGCAGCGUUAAAGAUCGCAAGAAAGCUGUGCUGGCAGAUGUGGGCACGUCAGCUUUCUGGUCCUUCAUGUGGUUUGUAGGAUUUUGUUUACUGGCCAAUCAGUGGCAGGUGGCCAAACCAGAGGACAACCCACUGCGAAAAGGUGGAGACGCUGCACGGGCGGCCAUCGCCUUCUCGUUCUUCUCCAUCUUCACCUGGGCCGGACAGGCCUUCCUAGCGUUUCGGAGGUAUAAACUGGGUGCAGACUCGGCCCUGUUCUCCCAGGACUACACUGAUCCGAGUCAAGAUGCUGCUGCUGCCGUCUACAGUGCUGGAGAUGACUUGGAGAGUCCUGAAGGAGCCGGAUCUUAUCAGCAGAGCGGUGAAGGUGUCUUUGAUGGGUCAGCAGGGUACCAGCGACAGGACUACUGAAUGAUUUGUGGCAUGAAGGAUAUGAGCAGAUGUUCGGGUUGACGCUGUCGUGUUCAUGUUACACAAAUCACAUUAUUAAAUUUGAUACAGUUGCAGCUAAAGAGCAAAUGUUGUACAAUUUUAGACUACAGAGCAUUGUUGAAUUCUUCUUAUCGUGUUCAUUGAGUUCCUGUAACUGCACGACUGUGAGGUAGUUUCAGGUUGAGAUAAAUACAGUUCAUGUAUGUCUGAUGAUUACUGUGCUAUGAACAAAAAUAAGAGACACAGAAUGAAUGAACACAAAACAGCCGACUCUCGUACACAUUCAUUUAUUAUUAUUUGCACUGGUAAAGUGUUUUACUUAAAAUAUGCUUCAUGUGAAUACUAAUAUGACUGAGACAUCUUGACUACAUUAGGUUUAAACCAACACCAAGUCAUUUCUAAGGGUCUGAUCAGGUAGAAUAGAUUCUUAAAGGGAUCAUAUGAUGAAAAUCAGACUUUAAUUGGGUCCCCAGUGCUUUUAUCAACUUUGAAAAUGUGAUAAAAAUUAACCCAGUAACUUAGUUUUAGUAAAACAUUCUCUGCAAGCAUUUGGAAAAAAUGGCUUAUUGAAAUGUGGCUCCCCUUGUGAUGUCAGAAGGGGAUCUUAUAAUAAUAAUAAAUCUGCACUAUCCAACCACAGCACUGCUAUUUAAUGCAGAGAUCAGCUCAUUUGCAUUUUUAAGGACACACCCCAAAACAACUUAUUUUUUGCUAAGACCCACAUAGUGGAAACUUUAACAUCUUAUAAUAAAUGAUCUGUAUGAUAUUUGAACCUCACAAACACUCUGGAAACACCAAAGAUUUAUUUAACAUCUUUAAAAAGACACAAGCACUGAAAAAUAAAGGGGAUUUGAGUUCAAGAUAAAUAGUUAAAUCCAAAACAUUCAGAAACAUCUUACACAAUCCUGUUUGUGUGUGUGUGUGUGUGUGUGUGUGUGUGUGUGUGUGUGUGUGUGUUUAGUUGUUUUCACUGUAUUUAUGUGCAGUAUUGUGUGUAAUGUCAUGAUAAAGGGAAGAGUUCAUGCCAAUAUAUCUGCUCUAUUUAAAACUCUGUAUAUAAUAAAUGUUCAGAAAUAAUAAUAAAGGUUUUAUGUUUUGGCAUUAAAAAUGUCUUAUAAAAUGGUU